UGGAGGGCGGGGUCUGCGCGGGGCAUCCCCCGGGCUGAGCUGCGCAGCGGGGUUUUGGCCAAAUUGGGCGAGGGCACAAAAUAACCACUUACCCCUUCUCACCGAGGAAGAGCGGGAGAAAGGGUAUGGCACAGUCACAAGGGUGGGUGAAAAGAUACAUCAAGGCCUUUUGUAAAGGCUUCUUUGUGGCGGUGCCUGUGGCAGUGACUUUCUUGGAUCGGGUCGCCUGUGUGGCAAGAGUAGAAGGAGCAUCGAUGCAGCCUUCUUUGAAUCCUGGGGGGAGCCAGUCAUCUGAUGUGGUACUUUUGAACCACUGGAAAGUGAGGAAUUUUGAAGUACACCGUGGUGACAUUGUAUCAUUGGUAUUGCAAGUCAACUAGGUGGCUUGAAUUGAUCUGAAUUCACCUUCAUGAUAGAGCUGAAGAAAUUGAUACUGCAACUUCUCAUGUAACAAGAAGAUCUCAAGUUUAAUAAGUCUUUGAGCUGAUUCAGAAAAUGGAUUUGUUGCUAACAGCUUUUUUGUUAAUAUUAAUGUGAGAAUGCAAUUGGAUAUUAUAAAACUCUUCAGUUCAACUGUUUAGUCAUUAAAAUAAUUUUGAUAUAACAGGUAUUGAUUAAGAAAGGGAUUUUAGAGAUAGAAAGACUCCUGACUUCAGUUCUCUGAUUUGCCAGUUACAACUACAGCGGUGCCCUUGCGUGAUUAUAACAAUACCUGCUUCAUAGAAUUGCUUUGAAAAAUAAUUUAGAUAAUAAGAUUUAGUAAGUACUAAUAAAUGUGAAGUAUUAUUAUAAAAGUCAUGAACAUUUUUGUCUUAAAUAUAUUUAAAUUUGCUGGAAGUUUUAUCAAUUUUUAUAUUUGUGACAAUUAUAAAAUGUUGACUAACUGGAUUAUAAGUAUGCUAAACGAUAAACUUUUUGGGUGGUCCUUUGAAUGCCAAUACAAUCCGCAGAUCAGAAAACAUUAUACAGUUGACAUUUAAUAAACUUGAAUUGAAUUUUCAUGGCUUCAACUGGUAUAAGAUGAUUAUCAUGCAAUUUUGCUUAUAUCCUGACAUAUAAUUGUUUUAUAAUUUUUCUGUAUUACCUGCCAAACUACAUUGUAAACAAAAAUUGAUUAGAGAUUAUAUUUGGUUUUUUUUGUACUAUCUAAAGUUGUGUUAAAAAAAAAAAGACCUUCAACUACCAAGUCUAUUCCGUAAAUAUUUCUUGGAUUUUAACAUGAUUUUUUUUAAUGGAUUCUCCAUAUUCACCUUGAUUUUAAAAGAAAAAUGAAUAAGUAAAACUUAGUUAAGUUAGAAUUAUUAAUGGAAGAAUGCUAAAAUCAAUUAUGGUACAUUAAUACUAUGUAUAGUAUUAUGAUAAGAUAUAUAUGUGGAUGUGUAGUUGUAUAUGCAUAGAAAAUACUGUGGUAGGAUUAACAGCAAAUUGUUCAUAGAAUUACUUCGGGUGAAGAGAUUAAAACAGUUUAGAGUGUAUAUCAAAUGGAGUUUUGUAAUUGCAAGCAACCUAAACUCAGAGAUUAUCUAAGCAAAAUAAGAAGAGGACUUAUUGGAUAAAAUGUGGUUGUAUCACAGAAUCAAAAGCCAAGCUGAAUAAAUAGGCCCCUGGAAGCAUGGAAAUAUAAACAGCUGAGACAGUUCAUUGGCAGAAAUUCCUGUGCAGUUUCUGUGGCAGGAGUGGGAUUUGGGGAUUUCCUGUGACUGACAGCCAUACUAGAAUGACAUAGAAUGGAGGGAAAAGCAGUUUACCAAAGAAACAGGUGCUGGGCAUGAAGAAUAUUAUAGAGCUGCAUUAUAGAGGGAUACUAUACUAUGGAGCUGUACUAUAGAGGGAUACUAUACUACAGAGCUGUAGUAUAGAGGGAUACUAUACUAUAGAGCUGUACUAUAGAGGGAUGUUUUCCUUCUUUAUAUAUAUGAAUGCAUACACACAUACACAUACACACACGUAUAUAUUUAUAUAUGAAAUGGAAAGGAAAGAAUAACAUUAUAGAAGAAUGACUAAGAAAAACUUAUAGAACUUGGUGAUAAGGAGCUACUUCUAGGGGGAAAAUCCAAUAUUAGAAGAAAAUAACUAUAUAUACUUUUUUAUUGUGCAAAUACAUAUUACAUAUAUUUAUUUUAAAAACACCUUUACUGAAAUUUAAUUCAUAUACCAUAUGAUUCACCCAUUUGAAGUAUACAAUUCAAUGACUUUUAGUAUAUUCACAGAGUUGUACAUUCAUCAGAAUAAUUUUAGAACAUUUGUAUUACCCUCAAAGAAAACCCCACAUCCCUUAGCCGUCACCACCAUACCACCUCCAUUCACUCUGUCCCUAGCAACCACUAAUAUGAUUUCUGUCUCUAUAGAUUUUCCUAUUCCGAACAUUUCAUAUAAAUGGAAUUACAUGAUAUUUGGUUCUUUGUGAUUGACUUCUUUCACUUAGCAUGAUGUCUUCAAGGUUCAUCAUGUUCUAUGUGUCACUACUUUUUAUUCCCUUUUAUGUCUUAAUAAUAUUCACUGUAUGGAUAGACCCCAUUUUAUGUGUCCAGUCAUCAGUUGAUGAACAUUUAGAUUGUUUCCACCUUUUAGUUAUUAUGAAUAAUGCUUUUAUGAACAUUUGUAUAGCAAUUUUUGAAUAACUAUUUUCAAUUCUCAUAUAUAUAUAGCUAGGAGUAGACUUGAUGGAUUAUAUGGUAACUCUGUGUUUAAGCAUUUGAGGAAAUGCCAAACUGUUUUCGGAAGCGCUGCUCCAUUUCACAUUCUCACCAGCAGUGUAUGGGGUUCAGUUCCUCCAUAUUUUAAUCAACACUGUUAUUAUCUAUUUCUUUGAUUGUAGCCAUCCUAGUAGAUGUGAGAUAGUAUCUCAUGGCUUUGAUUUGCAUUUCCCUGAUAAUUAAUGAUGUGGAACAUCUUUUUAUGUGUAUUGGCCACAUAUGUAUUUUAAAUUAAUGAGAUUAUAGGGCUUUUUUUACUUUUGGAAUUUAUUUUUUUACCUACAAACUUGUCAGAUUUCUUUAGAUAUUUGUACCAUUACUCUUCAUUGUUUAUAAUUUUGAGUGUGUGUUGUGUAACACAAUGUUACUCUACAUAAUUUCUCUGUUAGCUAACUGUUUUAAGAAAUUGAGACUGAGAGAAGAUAAGUAAUUUGUUCAAGGUCACAGAGCUAGUAAAUUGUGUAGGAUUUGAAUCCAGGUCAUUUUAAAUCCAGAGCCUGAGUUCUUUAAAAAUGGUACUAUAACAUGUCUCAAGUAAUAUAUGUUUUUAGGUUUCUUGUAUUACUAUUGUUAUUGUUGUUGCUCUGGUUACUUUAUUUUACCCAACUACAUAAUCUCAUAGAGACAAAGACUUUUAAAUUUCACAUGAACCUCAGUUCAAAAAUGUCACUUUUGGCCAGGCGUGGUGUCUCAAGCCUAUUCCUUUUAAUGUUUGGCAAAUAUGGCAUCACUGUGUGAGUACUUUUAGUCUACAGUUUACAUCCUGAGAGUUCUGCUGAGUUAAUAAUCAGUGAAGACUUUCUUUCUGAGCACCUCCUAAAUAGUGGGAGACAACACUAAAGUAUAAGACCCUCCGCUAUGAAAGAGAUAAAACUGUAGUAGGAACUGUAAACAUUUACCAAAAAUAUUCAAGUCUUCUUGAUAGAUCAUGAUAUCAUAUUUGAUGCUUAAAUUUCACUUUUUCUUAUCUCUGAAAAGUCUAGACUUAGUGACAAUAGUUUUCUCUGAUUUAAUGUAACUUUUCCUCAGCAAUGUGAUAGCUAUAGCUAACAUUGAGUGCAGCAUCCAGUGUCUUUGCACAGGCUUACAUAACCCCAACACUUUGUUUUCUCACUUGGGUUGCCAACCUAGGAGAGAAUACUAUUAAAGGGUCAGACUCAUGUGGUCAGGCCCUAUUAGCUUUUGAUUUAUGGCCAGAGCCAUUUUACUUACGUCUUUACUUGUUUGACUCUCAGGGUCUGACUGUCUUUUGGGUUUAACUUGGUAAGAGCUAUAUGGCUUUUUCCCCUUUAUACUGUGAAAAAUGCAAGGAGCGUUAUGAUAAGUUGUUCAUCAGAGUACUUGUUAGACAUAAGGACAAUAAUAAUGUGGGAGAAAGAAUGAACUUUGAAAAGCUCACUGUGGAAUUGUUGAGUUAUCAUUUUUUUUCCUAAUUUUGGUUUUUUUCCUCUUGAGAACUAGCUUCUUAUCACUAAGUUCUAUUAGGUUUUUCUUAGUUGUUCUUCUAGGAUGCCAGUCUUUCCAUUCAUUAACUUUAAGUUACCAGCCUAGUCUAGGACUUUACUAGCUACAGAAUGAUCAGUACUAGGAAAGAUAAAAGGCUCAGUGGUGAAUUUAUUACAUGAAUAUUGACUUGAUUUAUGCAAAUGCAUUGUCAGCAGGUUACCAAUUUACAUUAUUCGGUAUGCAUUUAUAGGCACUUAUGACAAUAUCAAGCUUUAGCAUGUGAGCAAUUUUUGGAGACUUGCUUUGUGCUUGGAUAGUUCAGAGCAGCUCCCAUUGUAUAAUCUGAAGUGACCAUAAUGAGGGCUUGGCUUUUUUCAGGAACUGAAUGAGGUCUUUGCUGCAGACUAAAAUGUGAAGGGUCAGAGCAAGCCUACCAUCAGAAAUCGAUGUUUGGCUUUUUUUUUCCCUCCACGAUUAAAAAAGUAGGGGAAAAAAAAACCCACCUCAACUUUGAUUUGAUUCAAAAUAGUAUUUCCUAAAAUAUAAGCCAUUCUUGUCAAAUAUGAGUUCCUUAACUUAAAAAUGCAUUCAUUUAAAUCCCUGAUGUAUUUUCUCAUGUUCUUCAUUCAUGCUUGGGGACAGAGUGAUUGGGAUUUAUGAGUUACUGUACUCAGCACAGGAGAAAUUAAUUUGGUAUAAAUUAUGUAGAGUAUAAUCUUACUAUUUUUGUAUAAUAUUAGAAUUUAUCCUAAUCUUACCAACCCAUCCUUGAAGGCAUUUUCUUUCAGUUCAUAAUCCUCACUAACCAAUUUUUCUCCUAUGGGAACUUAAAAGCAUUAGCAAAGCUUAUAACUAAAGUUGUCAAGAAAACAGAGAAAUUGAAAUCUCUGCCCCAGAGCAGCUUUACAAGUAGCAGCUCCUGGAUCACGAAAGGACCAAGAAAGAGGAUCCUAACUGCACGGCCUCUUUUCCACUUCACCUUACUUAGUAGCACUGAAAAGCAGAUUUCUCUCUUUUAUUCAGUGUUUUUUUCUCAAUUUCAAUGUAUUUACUGCAUGACAUUUGCUGAGUAUAUUUGCAAACAUCUCAUCCAGUUUUCAAAACAAUUCUGCCCAGUAAAUGAUACCAACCUUUAUUCUUCAAAUGCCGCACUGUCUUCCAGUAUGUUAACCUUUUUGAUCAUCUUGAAUUCUUUUUCCUUUUCAUAGAAAAUUUAUUUUUUCUUUCCUUUUUUAUAUUUUCAGUUAAAUUUAAGAAAUAUUCAUUUAACAACUACCCUGUGGGAGGCAUGUGAUCUCUCUCUCUACAAUUUUUUUUUUCGCCACUUAACACUACUUUAAAGUGUUUUGGGGAAAGUUUCUUAAUCCUCAAUAAUGAAAACAUUGGAAGAUUUUGUAGGGGCAAAUCUCUUAAUCCUCCGUAAUUAAAACUUCAGAUAAUUUUAUAGGUUCCUUCCUCCGGUGGGUAACAAAACAGAUUACAUCAAUGUUUUAUUUUCACUUUUACCCUGAUUGUUCAUCUUCAAUGUGUAGACUUUAUGGGUAUUUGCAAGAACAUGAUCAAUGAUCUACAGCACUUGAAAUGGAAAAAUGAAACCGAUGAGGAAUUAUGACUGCUCAUAUUAUUCUUUCCCCGUUUUGCUUUGCUAGUGCAAAACUAGUGUUUCUUGUCAUCCUUGCUCAUACAUUAUGUUCAUGGCCUUUUGGGUAGACUAGGAGGGAAAGAGAUAGAUUAAAUACCCUUUCUUAUCUGCCAUCCUGUACCACGCUCAUCAUUUCCUCUUUUUUAUGAAACAGAAUUUGCUUAUGUUAAAACAAAAAAGAACAGAACUCAUCAGAAGAAGUGACAAAGUCAAUGAUCAUUUGAAUGCUUACAGGCAGUCAGCUCCAUCUCUCUUCUCUGCCUUCCUUGGUAUCUGCUUCCUUGUGAGGUGGCUUAUUUUGUGGUUGUAUGAUAGCAGCCAGUAGGAUCUGGUGGGUGGCAGGUGGAGGGUGAAGGAAUAUUUAUCUUGUGCCUACUGACAGAAGGAAAGAGAACAAGAGAUACGUAUUCUUUUCUUUCAUGUAGCUCCAGUAUUUUAUAGAAGUAUUCAGCAUAAAAGAAGUAUUAUUCCAAAGUUUUCUUUGUUGUGUUUUGUAUUUUUUUCAAAUUUUUUAUUUUAAUUUUUGUGGACAUAUAGUAAGUGUAUAUAUUUAUGGGAUACAUGAGAUGUUUUGAUAUGGGUAUGCAAUGUAUAAUAAUCACAUCAUAUAAAAUGGGGUAUCCAUUUCCUCAAGCAUUUGUCCUUUGUAUUUUAUAUUUUGUUUGGUCAUUGCUUGCAAUUUUUAUGCAUGAUGUUGGCACAGAACCUCAGACUGGCAAUUGUGUAAUGCUGGCUGUUUCUCCUUGAUAAAAUUGGAAUACUGAAACUUUGGAAAAUGUUUGUCAAGGUGAUUGUUCUCUCACCCAAAAUUGUGGCCAUUUGUCAAUAUAUUCUGAGUUUCACAGUUUGAAGAAUACCAAUUAUGAAACUUAAGACACGCUACUUUGAAGUGCAUGUUUGAUGCUGACCAGCUCACCUUUAAAAACAGUGUUUUCACAAUAUUUUAUUUGUAUGUUUGUUUUGUUUUGCUUCAAAGAAUAGUUUCCUAAGCUGAGCCUAUUUAAAUUACAUAAACAUAUGACUACACCCACCUCUUCACACCUUUUAGAAUUUUAAAUUUUUAGUAUAUGCUAUAUAUGUUUGCCAGUGUUUACUUCUGUGCCUUUAAAGAAAUGCCCUAACAUUGUGGGAGUGACUUUUAAGUUCAGUCUCUUUACAUACAGUCUCUGUGGUGAUAAUGUAUCACUGUAUACUGAACAUUCCACAGAAAGUGCCUGACAGUCAAAGAAAUGGCCCAACUUUGUGGGAGUGACUUUUAAGUUCAGUCUCUGUAUAUACAGUCUCUAUAGUGAUACUGUAUCAUUACAUGCUGAACAGUCCACAGAAAGUACUUGCAUGUCUUUCUUAGAAACUUCCUGGUACCUCCUAUGCUAUAGUCCUCUUUUGAUGGAUGCCUUAGGCAUAUGCUAACAAGAUUUUGUUUUUUUAAAAUCUUGUGACCCCAUUAUCCAAAGGCAGUCAAAAGCACACAGCCAUUAAGGGGGCUGAACAUGAGGACUUUAUACUCCAUACUGGAAAGUCACCACAACCCCAGUAAGAUCUUCUUUUCUAAGAAAGGGAUGCAAUUAAUAUAAAGAUGCAAAAGUAUGCAGACAUUUUGAGAGAAGGCAGGCUGCAGAAUCUAGGAUACUGUAGCAGCCAUGAAGAAGACAUCGCCACGAGAGAACGGGAAAAGUCGUACAGAGAAAUUAGUAGAUUAGUAAAGAAGAGUCCAAGCAUGUAAGAUUAUAAAAGACUUGCCGUGACUCUCCUCAAGUUGCUGUGUAUUUUGAGGGCAACUAUAUUCUCUUCUUCCUUACCUCAUCAUGUAUCCUUUCUGUAGCCCCUCCAUCACCUGGCAUACUCUGACUGUGUUUCUGUUUUGAAGAUGCCUAAGAAUGGAUGUCUUGCAAUUGCCUAUUGAAUAAUAAAUCAAACAGUGAUAAUACAUAACUCAAAUAAAAAUCUUAUAUAAUAAAAUAGCCUAAAAUGAGGCUGAAAAACACCAGGUAUGGAAGUGGAAUGUCUGAAAAAGAAGUGAGAUUAUAGGUUUUAGUGUUAAUAUUUUCUCACCAUGUACAGAUUUUAUUUAUCUUUAAAUAAAACUUACCUGGUUGUAUCAUAGUUCUUAAGAAACUAUGGAAUAAUUUAAGUGAGGAAAAAAAAUAUGGCUAUAUACUAAAUUGGUGUAGGGGAAUCUCGUUAACUUGCUGCCUUUUUGUCACGCCGCUAAGUCUCACUGACUCAGUGUGAAUUUAGAGAAACGGGAUUUUGAUGAUAGUGGUACUAAUUAUGCUUCAUCACUAUCUAGAUUUCUUUCUCUGUGUUAAUAUUUAUGGUUAUUUGGAAAUUUUCCAGUGUUAACUAUUUUUAACGUAUAUGUCAACUGCACAGGGAAGUUAUGUUUGAACAAGGGUUCAAUAAAGUAUUUUAAAAGUUUUUCCAUAGAUGUUUUCUGUGUAAUCUCCCUGAGAACAGAGAUUUUUGCUUAUUUUGUUCAAUGAUAUAUUCCACUUGCUAAGCCCAGUAGUACAUUGUUGGGUAUUCUAGAGGUAUUUGCUAAAUGAACACAUUCAAUAUCAUUAGGAAUUUCUCUAAUUUACUAUAAGGUGUAGAGUCAUGUUAUUACUGGAGGGGAAAUUAAGGAUCAUAGAGAAUGACUCACUGACUCUCUCCAUUGAUUAGGAAAUUGGGGCUGAGAGAUGUUAAAUUUUGCCUAAGGGCAUGGCUCAAGAGCAGCAGAACUAGGCCUAGAUUCUAGGUUUCCAAACAACUUGCUCAGUUUCACAUGACCAACACAGGUUAGAGUUGGGUUUAAACUCAGAUCUGACCGACAAUGAAGUCCUUUGUCUGGAUAAGAGUUUUUGAUGCUUUUAUAAAAUUUUAAUAUGUCACCUUUUCUUUAUAGGUUUUCCUCUGUCCCUAAACAGAAUUAAUUGCUUCCUUAACAGAUUAUACUAAAUACCAUUGUUUUCUAGCAUGGAUCACAUUAUAUUGAGUUGAUUUCAUGGUGGUGAGUGCUUAAGACCAAGGACUAAUUCACCUUCCUCUUUACCAUACAGAAUUUAGCAUAAUGACUGCCAUGAUAGAUGUUCUGUGUUUUGAAUUGCUGUGAGAGGUGGUAACAGAUAGUAUAUCUAAGCCUAGGUCUAGGGAGAUAAAACUUUUAUGAGAAGAACAAAGUCUCAUUGCCUUUUAAAUACAGUUAAUGCUUGAUAAGUGUUAAAAUUAAAUAAUUAUUCUUGGAGAUGUGAUUUAAUGAUUGUUAAUCUUGAUUGGCUUUUGAAAAUGGCUUUGUUUUUUAAUUUUUAAAGAAUUGAUAGCAAUACUUUUCUACGAUUUAUUGGUUUCAACAUUAAAACUCCUUCUGACCUUAUUCUGUGGUUUCCUACUGGCUUUGUAGACUCUCACCAAUCUAUGAUUAAUGCCAGUUUGCAAAAUUUUGCCUGACUUUGACAUGAGUAGUUUUAGCCCUUUCGUGAAAAUUGAAAUCCUAAUACUAUUAUGAAUAUAUUCCUUAGUAAUUACACCAAUGAAUUUUAUACAACUGUAGCAAAACAUGUCUAACUAAUAAUCAGUUAUCUUUUAAAGGAAUUUUUUAUUCUUUUGAACUUGAAACUUUUGUGUAAGGCUGGUACUUAUACAACAUUUGAAAACAUGAAGGGAAUUACAUUUCAGGAGAAUGUUGUGGUAUUACAAAAUGUAAAAGCCUAUAGAAGAUGCAUUGUUUUGCCUAUGGAUCUUAAAAACGUAAUGCUAUUUACUGAUAGUAAUAUUUCAAACCAAUUUUUUUCUUACUGCUAAAUCUUCUAAGAUAUGUAAUGUCAUCCCUUUAGGGAAACGGUCUAAAAGUAUUUGAUUCCUGUUUGUCAUUGAAAAACUACUGUAACAUUUUAUUUCUAUGAAAACUAUUACUAAAAAAGAAUAGGAAAUACUAUAACAGUCAUCCAUGUGCUAAUUUCUUGAAAGAAGGUCUGUAUUAUUGGUAUUGUCAUUGAAAUAUUUGGUCCUUUCUAUAAAACAUGGUAUUAUGAAUAUAACAAAACUUGAAGUUCAAACCAUCUUCCUUUACAGAUUUAAAAAAAAUGAGGACCAGAAUGAAUUCACACUUCAGAUGUUGAAGCCAGCUGAUAGAAAGCCUGGACUAGAUUUUAGCUCUUUAAAUACUUUGGCCAGUACUUUUUCCAGUAUACUAAACCAUUGGAAAAGAAUAAAAGUCACCCAAAGAACUGCUAAAUAAGAUUAUAUAAUUUUAUCCCCUUAUGCUUUAUAUUUUAUUUUACAGAUUUGUCGUCAUUGUUACUCUUGUUGCCAGUAAAGGAAACAGAUUGACUUAAAAGCAAAAAAGGAAUUUGUUAGACAUAUCUGGUAUCUGGGAUGGGAAAAGCUCACAGGAUUGAAGGGAGACUAAAGAGUUAUACUUGAAACACAUAAGAAUUAGGCAGAUCUGGAAGGUCUUGGUAGCAAGAACUUUCAGGAACAACAACAACAAAAAGGUUAGGCUGUGUUGCUGGCGUAAAUAGACUCUAACCACGUCUUUGGUAUGUGCAUUGAUUCUGCUUAAUACACGAAGUCUCGAGAGAAUGUGUCUGACUGACUGAACUUGGGUUAUAUGUUCACUUCCCUAUACCAUUGGAGUGAGCAGAGAGUUUUCUGGAAGUAGCCUUUAAAAGAUGUCUUUGGUUUCCGUAACGGAGAACAUGUAUUUGGAUUUAUGCUUCCACCAGGACUGCAUAGUAGAGAAAAUUCCCCCAAAAGAAGUAGGGGUGAUGUCAGGAAAAGGGCUGGAUGCUGGGCUGCCAUAAAAUGACAUAUCCACUUAAUACACCUGAGAAUUCUAUUGUGCUAGAAAACUCUUUUUUCCUAUAUGCAAUAUAACCAGCAUUUUCCAUAUAAGCAUAUUCAAUAUUUUUAAAAUGUGGAUUAUCUAGUGUAUAUAGAUUGAGAAUAUUUUAAAAGUUUUUCUAUCCUUUUGUCUCUGGUAGCAUCUUAAUUACUUAAUAAUACCUUUUCCUUUUUUUAAUGAGUGGUCAAAAGGAAAAACGAAGAGGGGAAUUCAAAUCUAAGAUAGUCUUUAUUUUAUGUACAGCAUUUGUUGCUCAGUGAAUGGAAAUAAUAGCUAUAAUCUAUUGCUUAUUCACUGGUUUUAAAGUACUAUGUGGGCAUUUUACCUCUGUUUUCAAUGUAAGAACUAUUUGGGAUCAGAAUCUCAGGUUCAGGUGCAGUGGAGCAUGUUGUUUAUAAGUAUGAGGUCUAGAAUGAGAGUCUCUGGGUUCAAAUUUGGACUCACACUAGCUGUGUGGCCUUGGACAGGUUACUUAACCUUUCUAUUUCUGUUUUUUUUCCCAUGUGAAAAGGGGGAAAUAAUAGGAUAUAUGUUGCUCAAGUAACUGUGAAAAUUGAAAGAUAUAUAUCAAGUACUUAUUAGCAUAGUGCCUGGCAUUUAGUAAGCAACCAAUGUUAGCUAUAAUUGUGUGUAUUAACUCUUGUUAACUGUACUACAUGUUGUGUUAAAAAACAAAAGCCUUUUUGCUGAGAGAAAAAAGUACUAACAAAUUGAGGAAGAAUGAAGAUAACUAAAUAACUGGACCUAACUAUAGUAUUAUGCUUUAACCCAGUAGGAAUAAAAACAAAUUAAAUUAAUGAUUGUUACUCCAGAAAUACCUAUUAGUGUAUGUCCUGUUGUGCUUGCAUUGUGAGGGCUCUUCCUAUUCUUAUUGUAGUUUUGAAGAAAUUAUUAAAACAAUUUACAGAGCAUUAUUUUUUGUUUAUUAUUCUGUCUGAUGUAAUAUUUCCUAAUAUAAUAUUUUACCCACACAGGAAUAUAUGUAGCACAUAGGUAGUUAUAAAGCAUAACAAUAAGAGGAACAGCCACGAGUGUCACCGAGAGCACUCAGCAUAUUCUUCAGUGCGUUCCUGCUCUCUCUGAUUCCUCUCUCUCACAGUACCUGAAUUUUGUGUUUAUAUUUUGCCUGCUUUUUUUCCCCUCAAGCUUUGUAUUUGGAAAUAAUUUUAAGCUUACAUCAAAGUUGCAAAGAUAGUACAAAGAAUACCUAUAUUCUUUUAAAGCUAGGACUUACCAAGUGUUAACAUGCUAGUAUUUUGUCCCAUUGGUUUUAUCAUGUGAUCUCUCUCCCUGUCUCUCCUCUCCACAUAUAUACGUUUGUGUAUACAUAUAUACAGAGAGAAUGAAUAUAUUUAGGAAAUAAUAUAUAGAGAGAACGCAUAUGUAUAGAGAGAAUGAAUAUAUGUUUAUAUUCUUCUUUUUUUAGAAUCUUCCGAAAGUUUCAGAUAUUAUUGCCUUCCUUUACCUCUAAAUAUCGCAAUCCAAUCUCCUAAGAUUAAGGCAUUUUAUUUAUAUAAUCACAGUAUAAUAUCCAGUGUCAGCAAAUUUAACAUUAAUAUAUUGCCAUUACCUAACUUACCAUUCAUAUUUGAAUUUUGUCAGUGUACCUAGUAAUGUAGUUUAUAAACAUUUACUUUAUGUUUCUCUCCAGUACAGGAUCCAGCAUGGAGCGGUGUAUUGUACUUGGUUGUCAGGUCUCUUUAAUCUCUUUUAAUCUUUAAUCUAUAACAAUUCUUCAGUUUGCUUUUUUGUCUUUUAUAACACUGAUACAUUUGAAGAAUACAGCGCCUUUGCUCUUUCUUUCGUUUUUUUAAUAGAAUGCUUCUCAUUUGAGGUCUGUUUGAUGUUUUCUCAUGAGUUAAGUUCAGAUUUUGCAUUCCUAGCCAUGAUAUUAUAUAAAUGAUUUUCCUUUUCCAGGCAUCGCAUCUGGAAGCUCUCAAUAUUUAUCUGGUCAAGAUACUGUCUAGUUUGUCUAUUUUUUAGUUACUACUUAUCCCCUUGCUAUUAAUGAGCAAUCCAUGGGGAGAUACUCAGAGACCCUGCAUAUAUCCUGCUCUAAAUUGAAAUUUCUCUUCUUGAUUUAGCAUCUACUAAUAAUUCUUGCCUGGAUCAGGCUUUAUUGUCAUGGUUGCAAAAUGCUGAUGUACCAGUGCCAGUAUUUCCUCUUCAUUUACUAGUCAGUCUUCAGCAUCCUGCUCUACCAGUCUUCCCUUCUUCCUCAUUUCCUGCUACUUUUUAUUAGAAAAAUUUUUUACUGGUGGUUUAUAAUUCUAAGUCUUCGUGAUAGGUUUUAAAAAAUCAUUUUUGAGCAUUUCCUUACUUUUUGGCAUAGCAAGGUGCUCCAGGAUAAUUGUGUACCUUCUCUAUCUAGCCCUGAAGCUAGCCAUUUCUCCAGAAGCCAUGAUUCUUUUUGGUGAGGAAUGGCAUUAAAAACCAAGUUUCAUAAAACCAAGUUUCAUAAAAGCCGGUUUCAACAAGAUCUGAGUGCUAGGUUUAGUUGCCCUGUAAGUUGAUUAAAUUGUGGUUUAUAAACUAGUUGGUAAUUGUUUCUCCUUUUCAUCCUUCAGCUUUGCUUAUGUAUUGAGUUUCUUUCAAUUAAGUCAAGAUGCCACCUUCAGAACCUAUGAUGUUUUAAUUCUUGUUGCCUUAUUUAUAGUCCUUUAUAUGUUUAUCAUAGUAUUCCUCAUAUGAAUGUCAGGAUUGGCUGCCAUGUUGUAGGAAAUUCAAUAGCUGCUCUAGCGUGGCGUGAAACAAGCAACUAUAUAGGAUUAGUAAUGAUGUCUGUCACAGGCAGAUGAAAUAAAGCAUUAUGAUGUGGCAUUAUUGAAAAAGGAUAAGCAUGAAAAUAUUUUCAAGAAAUGAAAUAUUCAUGAUAGCAGAUUGUGUUUCAGAACCUGAACAGUUUCAAAUAAUCACUUAUUUCUCCUACAUCUUUCAUGAAGUACAGGAAACUAAGGAGAUAUAGGAUUGUGCAAAGGCCACUGCGGGGUAUUAAUUUUAUACUGAAUUCAAUUUUAAAAGUUCAGCAGCAGAAAGGUUAAGACCUUCUUAUUUAAAGUUUAUCUUAUUUCUUAAGGUAUUUCCUGUUGUUUAGAGCUCUAACCACUGUACUUUUUGUUAUAAUGGAUAUGAUUUUAAUAAAAUAAGCAA